UGUUCGCUCAACUUCGCAUAAAAACUCUCAAGGAGCUGUCCCAUUGUCUCGUGGCCCUUUACGAGCUCCGUUUUGUGACGCUGUUAUUGUUUGCGGUUGAUAAACAUCUCGCCACUAGAAUGGACUUAAUGAAUAAAGAUCUGGCAUUGACAAGGGAUUUAGCAUUGAAUCCAAUAACUGAGUUUAGACAAAAUGCGAAACUGGUAGCGGCUAUUAACAAGCUUUUUUGUGGAAAUGAGCUUGGUGGAAAUAUGAUUGAUGUAAACGUUAAAUUACCUGAUAGGAAACUGAACUUUGGGGAAGUCCAAGAACUUUUGAAUUCAGCUAAUAGAUUGGAGAAACCACUUGUUCAACCUAAUUCGUUGCUGACAGAAACUACCGAUGCCAAGAAAAAGCUUAUGAAGAAAAUUGAAUCAAUUCUUGGUAAUAUUAAUAGAAUUGCUGAGCAAGGAGAUAUUCCCAAAUUGAUGAUAAGAAAUCAAAGACUUUGGAGCAAUUGUAUCUACGAUCUAGAUCGAGUUACGCUAAAAUCUUUCAACGAUGCCAAAAAGACCACCAUUUGUUACUCCAGUAAUGAAGAUAAAACGAGGUUUAACAUAAUAGUUUUAGUUUUAACUAAGGUCCACGAGCUGCUAUCAAAGAAUUUAACCGUAACCAGAAGGGAGCUAUUUUACCAGAACGUGAUAAGAUUUCGCAAUCAGAGCAACCUAGAUGUAGCUGUGCGAGAUGUGUGCUGUUUACUGGAGACUCCUCCCUGGACCCUGGGCAUCGUAGCCACAGCCAAGGGGCUGAUAGCUGGCCCUCUCACCAUAGUGCAGAGGAAUGGCAGUGUUAUAGAUUGUAUGGCUGCUGGAGGCACACUGAUUCCUCAAGAUAUUGAAGGGAUCAAAGAAUUUAAAUCAUCAGCAAAAUAUAUUUUAGUCGUAGAAAAGGACGCUGUAUUUCAAAAAUUGUUGGACGAAGGCGCCCUUGUCAGAUUAGGACCUGUGAUUAUCAUGACGGGCAAGGGUUAUCCAGAUGUAUGCAGUCGUCAGAUGCUGUGCCGGUUGUGUCGUGAGCUUCAACUGAAGGCUCUAGCGUUAGUAGAUGCUGACCCCCAUGGAUUUGAAAUAUUUCUUACUUACAAAUACGGAUCUUUGGCUCAAUCUCAUCUAUCUACGUCUUUGGCGUGUACUUCCUUGUUGCUUCUUGGCGCUCGUCUGCAAGACGUCAUGACUUUAGCUCCCAACGAGGCGCGUCUGAUGAUGACUGAUCUGGAUAAGAGGAAACUUGCUGCUUUGUUACGAAGACCGUAUUUGGCAAAUGAAACAGGAUCUAGAAUCAGGGAAGAACUAAACACCAUGUUCACCAGUGGCAUCAAGGCUGAGAUAGAGGCUAUGGCUCCGACUGCAGCUGCGUUGUGCGAUGCCUACUUACCUUCUAAACUUAUCCAAGCAGAAUAUUUGGGUUAA